AUGUCAGCUCCAACAAUCCCCGAAACUCAAAAAGCCAUUGUGUUUGAAACUUGCAAUGGUCCCUUAUUAUACAAGGACAUUGCCGUUCCAAAACCACAAGCAAACGAAAUUCUAGUCAAUAUUAAGUAUUCGGGAGUUUGUCAUUCCGAUUUACAUACUUGGAAGAAUGAUUGGCCAGCAGUGCCAUUGAAACUACCACUUGUUUGUGGUCACGAAGGUGCAGGUGUUGUAGCAGCAGUAGGUGCGAAUGUCUCGCCCGAUCAAUGGAAAGUUGGCGAUCUUGCCGGUAUAAAAUUGAUCAACAAGGCAUGUUUGAGUUGUGAAAACUGCCAACAAGGAGAAGAGCCAGCAUGUGGUAAACUUAUAUUGAGUGGAUUCCAAACUGAUGGAACUUUCCAACAAUACGGAACAGUUGAUGCUUUCCAAGCGACAAAGUUACCGGCAGACAUUGAUUUGUCUUCGGUAGGUCCUAUUUUGUGUGCUGGUAUCACAGUAUACAAGGGACUUAAGACUUCAGGAGCAAAACCUGGUCAGUGGGUAGUUAUAUCUGGUGCCGCUGGUGGUUUGGGCUCGUUGGCUGUCCAAUAUGCUCGAGCUCUUGGAUUGAGAGUAAUAGCAAUUGACGGAGGAGACGAAAGAGGUGACUUUGUUAAGAAUUUGGGUGCCGAGGAAUUUAUUGAUUUCAGAAAAUGUCAAGACAUUGCUAAGGAAAUUCACAGAAUCACCGAUGGUGGUGCACAUGCAGCAUUGAAUGUUUCCACUUCAGAAGCUGCUAUUCAACAAAGUGUUGAUUUUGUUAGGAAUCGUGGUACUGUUGUCCUUAUUGGAUUACCAGCUGAUUCUAAGGUAUGCUUGCCAAUUUUAGAAACUGUUUGCAGACAAAUCUCCGUUAAGGGCUCCUACGUUGGUAACAAUUGGGAUACCAAUGAGGCUAUUGACUUUUUUGCAAGAGGUUUGGUUAAAUGUCCAAUCAAGAUUGUUGGUUUAAGUGAAUUGGAAAGUGUUUUCAAAUUGAUGGAAGAGGGUAAGACUAUAGGUAGAUACGUACUCGAUACAAGUAAGUAA